AUGAAUGUAAAACAGAUGUUUAAUAAAUUUACUUACCAGUAUUUGAACUCAUAUAACACUCAUUAUUGGACAAUUACAGUGGCGCAGCUCAAAGAGAAAGUGCAGGAGCAGAUGGGGGUUGAAAUCGGACUUCAGCGCCUCAUUUUUUGUGGCAGAGUUCUUGCCGAUGAAAAGAAACUAGCUGACUAUGAUGUCCAUGGGAAGGUGAUUCACAUGGUGCAAAGGGCACCGCCAUGCCUUGAAGAGCGGGAGACCCUGAGGGAGAGGGAGCGAGAGCGCGAGAGGGAACGUGAAAGGAUGAACUCAUUCACCAAUCUUAAUACAGAUCCCAUUAACUAUGGGGCUGUUCAUUUAAAUCACAUUACACAACAGCAGAUAAGACGCCUCAUGGCUUUGGCAUCAACGGCCCAUGGGAUUGAGAUCGAAGAGCCACCGGGCUCCGCCCUGUCUCCUACUGGGACACGCUUGGACUUCCUCCGCCGUCUCAUCAUUGAAAUACGAUCAACCCUCGAUGCUAUCAUACAAAAUGAGAGUAAUGAACCACGUACUUUUUCAACUGACGAUCCAUUGGAACCCAGAACAAGCCAGGGAGAAUCUAGUUCGGUGCCAGAUGAGGUGAUGUGUCAAGUCCACCAAAGACCGCUUCUUUAUCAGCUCGAUCAAGGCACCGGUGGGACCCGCGAGGGUCGCGGACGCAGGAUUCGUCAAGCUCAGGCAGCUUAUCACACCCCUCCUGUAGAGUUCGGCCGGCUCGUGGCUGAGCUCCACGAGUUGCAUAAUGAGUUCACUCCCUUCAGGGAGGCAUACAUCAUGACGCUGAAUGAAGCUAGCGAUUCGAAUGUCCAACUGACAGAGGAGGUACUCCAGCGUCGUCAGCGCACUGCUGAUCUGGCCGCUGAGUUGUACCAUAGCUUCUCUCACGCUUACCACGUCGUGAGCGAUAUUGGACUCAUGUUGGCUCACCGCAACUCUCGUCUCAUGUCGGAGGCUCUGAUGCGUCAUCCUUUGCCGUUGCAGGCGCACAUUAACGUUGUGCAAACACCCGCUAACCGUCGUCAGACAAACGCGACUUCAUCGACCGGCGCGGGUCCGUCCACCGAGGGCCCGCAACCCAGCAGUUCACAAGCCGGUAACCCGACCGUCAAUAUAGAUAUACAGCCAGAUCCUAUUACCUACCAAGUAGAAAUAGAAACCAGGGUUCCGCUUGAAGCCACGGCUGAAAACCUGAACGAACAAAUGCCGAGCCAGGAUGGUCAGGAUCUGGGCGGUCGCCCGCAAGCUAUGAGCGAUUUUGAGAGUCUGUUUAGGGGAUUGGGACAACCCGGCGGUAUUAGGGGAGUUGAAGUACUUAUGAGUAUGGAAGAGAUCACUCCGGUAAAUGGUACUUUCACUGCCGCAAUUCCAUCUAUGAACUUGCAACCAGAAGUGGGAGUGGGAGGUAACCAACCUCUGUACGGAUCACAAAUAUAUCUCGCUCAAAUGCCGUGGGGUGCUGCUAAUCAGGCAGCUCCGAGCGCAGAUCUGUUGCAGAACAUCGUGUCCUCAGUUAUCAGGCAGGGUCUGGUUGCUGGGAUGGAGGGAGCCAUGACCGCCCACGUGCAACAGGCCCAUGUGCCAGGUCAAGGUCUCGGCGAAGGUCAGGUUCCAAUGCAGGCAGACAACGCCUCGCCUCAACAACCCGACCAAAACCAGACACCAGCUCAAGAACAAUCUCAAGAGAAUCAGCCCAAUACAGAACAAAAUACAAAUCCUAGUACGCGACGCGUUCCAAGGCUAUUCACCGGUCGUCGCCAAGGCACGAACACGAACACAGCUCGCGGUCAGACAGUGUCCUUGAACAAUUUGGUAUACGACAGAUUCCUCCAAUGCGACAGUCAUCACGCCCGUCGUCAGCUAACACGCCGCCGUGAGGAGACUUCUUUGGCCGGAGGACCUCUGCUUCGUGACGAUAACAGUCAACGCGUGCAGAAUAAUGUGGAGACCUUAUACGAACGUUUCGAUCGGAGCGCCAUUAAUGAAGAGUCUCUUAUGAUAGCUACUAUGGUUACCCUGCGCGAGGCCAUAUCAUUCACUGGGGGUCGUACAUUAGUCCCGGAUGAGUUGCAACCACUGCGUCAUCGUCUCCAAGCUUACAUGCGCGAACUCAUGCAGGGCGAGUACGAAGUUGGCACACAAGCCCACCUUGCUGAUCUGAUAUUCGAGCGCCACGCCGAAUUUAUUAACCGCGUUACUGCUAUAACCCCGACUCGUCCCAACGUGGAUGUCACUGCUUCAAUGAAGGCUGUGUUCCUUCGUUUCCUGAAUGAGGCUAUGACGGUGCUGGAGAUUGAGAACAAUGAAGUAUUUUCUCGUCGCUUCCGGAUCGUGUACCCGAGGCUUUUCUAUGAACUAUGUGGAGUCAUCUCAUACUGCUGCUUGGAGGGCGUAGAGGGUCUUAAAAAGAUAUACCGCUCUUUCUUGACGGAGUUGCUCCAGAAUGUUGGAGAACCAGUACGUGAUCUUCUCUACAGCUUAUCGAUGGAGAACUUGAAUGCUGCUAUCUGCCGCAUUGAACAUAACAGGCUACACUUCCAACAGUUCAUUCGUCGCAAGGAACAGCAGCCAUCAACAUCUGCCGCGAUCGUGAUGAUGGAUGAACCGACUACAAUGGACGUGUCGCCUCGGCCUGAGCCAGUGCCAAUGUCUCCACGUGAUGAUAAUGCUGAUUCAGAGGAAUCUGAUAUACCAGUCGUCAGCGCUGCCUGCAAGGAGGAAUCCUCGUCGGAUAUGUCGCCCAAAGACGAAUCUUCGUCUGACCAAUCACCGAAGGGCGAAACAUCUCGCGACCAGCACAGAAGGGACGAGUCGAGGAGACAUCAUUCAUCGAGAGUAGAUUCACUCUCGCCAGUUUUGUUUGGAGCAACACGGAAGCCGUGGACAUUGAAGAAUUCAAACAAGAAGACGCCUUCAAGGUUCCCAAAGACGUCUACGCCGAGAGAGCAGCUCGCUCAGCCGACGACACCGCUCCAGACUGCACCGAAUGUCACACUCGUCAGAUAUGGAGCACCCAGAGUAACAAGUGGUUUACGUCACCGAAAGGUGAAUCGAGCUAACAAAUCUGGCUCUGGUUCUAAGCCAGAUGCCUCUGGAUUAUUCGUACCACCUGAGUCGAUAGCGCAACAUUGGGGCGAAGAAUGGGUGCCAACUUUCACCCGUGAUGUUCAGGAGCAGGAACAGCGUGAUACCGCUGAGCCCUACAGUGAUGCCUACCUUUCGGGCAUGCCGCCCAAGAAACGCAGAUGCGUUCGACAGUCGCGACCACCUACGACACUAAACGCGUUCAUUGCUGAGAGCAUGAGCGAGGUAUCGUCUCUUGGCAGCGUCCAAGGCGAGGAGCUGAGAGCAGCGUUCCGUGAGCACAUGAGAUGCAUCGCCCGCGAGCGUGCAGCUGCCUCCGAAGAUUACGAGCCGUUCCGGUUCGUCGAAACUGCACGCUUCCUCAGCCAGAACAGAUGGUAUUUAAUGGAGAAUGAGUGCAGCGAGCGCGGUAGAAGCGAGGCGCCGACGGAAGCCGCACGCUUCAGCGCCAACCCGUUAAUCAAAUUCUUACGUACGUCCAGAAAACAGCUGGUGCUGGAAGCAACCACAAUAACUGAUUAA